AUAAGAUACAGGACAUUCUUGCCCUUAAAAGAGAUGUGGACGAUGUACAUAGAAGAUCUGAUUAAAUUUAAAAGUUUGACCAAGGAGAGUCUUCCAGUUGCUGCUCAGAAGUUGAUGGAAGCUGAUUUUCAUGGUUGUCCCAUAACAGUUAUGCAAUCAAAAUGUCCCAGCUACAUUGGAGCUUAUGGCAUUGUUAUUAAAGAGACAAAAAAUACCUUUGUGCUUGCCACUCCAGAAGACACUGUCAAGUGUAAGUGA